AUGCUGAUCAGCAGUGCAAAGCAAUCUGUUAGAUCAAGUAACAAUGAAAGCACAAAUUUUAAUUCUAGAUUAUGUAGAAACCUCUAAUCGAUGACAAUAAGUGCAAGAUUCUAAACAGAAUUAUUAUAAUUGGAAUAAUAAAAUGAACCAUUUUUAUUCAGUUAAUAACGAUCAACACUUAGUUCUGUGGAUUUUAGUAGAUAAAUUAGUUCUAAACAAUCAUGUAGAUCUAGUAUGCCAAAUAUCAAUAUUAAUGGAUAUCAUAAUCCAUGUUCUAAAAGAAAAAAUGAUAGAAUGAUCCUAAGAACAACACCUUGUCUUAUCUAUAUGCCUGGACUUAAAAGAGAAGACAUCAAGGAAGAUACAUCAUCAUAACUCGCUUAUCAAAAACAGAUUAGAAGUCCUCUUUUGAAAACUCCCAUUAAACACAUAAGCUUUUAAUUUAGAAAUAGAGAUAAGUGCAAUCCACUCCAUAAAAUAAAUUGACUUUUUCAAUAAUCAUUAAUAAAUUUGGAUUGAUGCAUAUUCUUCCUUAA